AUGGAACGGAAAAUUAGUUUAAAAUCUCAUAUUAGAAUACAUACUGGAGAAAAACCGUACAUUUGUGAAGUGUGUAGAAAAGGUUUUACCCACAUUCAUCAUUUAAAAUCUCAUCUAAGAAUACACACUGGAGACAAACCGUACAUUUGUGAACUGUGUCAGAAGUGCUAUGCACGAAUUGAUACUUUGAAAAAACACAAGAGAACACAUACUGCAGAGAAACCUUAUGUUUGUGAAGUGUGCGAAAGACGCUUUACACAAAUUGGUGAAUUAAAAACACACAUUAGAAUACAUACUGCGGAAAAACCUUACAUUUGUGAAGUAUGUAGAAAAGGUUUUGCCCAAAUUGGUAAUUUAAAAUCUCAUAUAAGGAUACACACUGGAGAAAAACCGCACAUUUGUGAAGUGUGUAGAAAAGGUUUUACCCAAAUUAGUCAAUUAAAAUCCCAUCUAAGAAUACACACUGGAGAAAAACCGCACAUUUGUGAAGUGUGUAGAAAAGGUUUUGCCCAAAUUACUCAUUUAAAAUCUCAUCUAAGAAUACACACUGGAGAAAAACCAUAUAUUUGUGAAGUGUGUCAGAAGUGCUAUGCACGAAUUGAUACUUUGAAAAUACACAAGAGAACACAUACUGCAGAGAAACCUUAUGUUUGUGAAGUGUGUGAAAAAAGCUUUUCGCGAAUGAGUAAUUUAAAUAUCCACAUAGCAACACAUUCGGCAGAGAAAUCUUAUGUUUGUGAUAUGUGUAAAAAAUCUUUUGCACAGAUGAGUUGUUUAAAAAAACAUAUAUGUAAAACACACUGCUGAAAAACUUUGUUUGUGAUGUGUGAUAAAAAGACUGCAUAAUGUCAUUGUUAAAAAAUGCAGAUGAUAACACAUAAAGCAGAAAAAUAUUUCAUAAUUUGUGAAUCACAAAUUUGUCAUCUAUGAACACACAUGAGAAUAGAUACAGAAGACAAACCUUCUGCUUGACAAGUUUGUACAUAAGGUUUUACGGUUUUACACAUAUCAGUCAUUUAAAAACACACAAAGAUACCUACUAGAGAAGACUCCUUAUUAUUGUGAAUUAUGUGGAAAAGGUUUUUCAGUGUUGGUAAUUUUAAUUCACAUAUGAAAAUGCAUAUUUGAGAAAAACAGUAUGCCUGUGUGAAGUGUAACAAAGCAUUUGCACAAAUUGAUAGUUUAAUAAUGUAUCUGAGAAUAUAUAAUAUCAUAAAAUGCCUGAUCUUUCCGAGAAUUUCUAGGUUAUUAUGAUUUUUUUUUAUGUAAAUACAUAAUGUAGUAUACCUAUGACUUGUAAAUAACAAAUGCCAAUCGGAACUUUAUGGUCCUUGCAAAACAACUCAUUAUAACCUAGGCCUCAUAUUUUCUGAGAAAUAAGCUUGAACACAGCCAUGCAAAGUUGUUGAUAUUCUCUCUACUUUGUCCAAACAAUAAUAAUACAGUUAAAAUAUAUGUUUCCAAAUAGACAGAUACCAUACCCAUGAAGUAUUGGAGUAGUAUUCAUAUUUAACCUUGUCAUAAAAGGUCAAAAGUUUUAUUUUUUAUGUUUUGGAGAUAGGCAAAGUUAGGCAGAUUUUUUGAAGCAAGUAAGUAAUGCAUUUCGGAAUUAUUUGAAGCAGUAAUGCGUUUGUAGAUGUCUAUGGGCUCCAGUAGCCACUUAACAUCAGGUCGGCUGUGAGCUCGUCCACCCAUCUAAGCAAUAAAAAAAAUCAUGUGCAUACUUAGAACAGAAUAUUCGAGGGCUGUCAUUAUAGAAAAUAAAACUACAUAAUAUUGAAUAAAAAAAAAUUGACAAACAAUUUGUACUUGUAAUGCAAUAAUCAAAAUAAAAUACGGUCAUAUCAAUUAAGAAAAUAAAUGUAAUUUUUUAAAGUGUAUCCUCAUGUGGAGCGGUCAUCCUCAGGUCAAGAUUUUCAGGUAUUGGUUUCCAAAGACAAAUAUCCAAAUUUGAAGAAAAUGUUUUGAACAACUGCUUUCGUUACUGCCAUCUACAGGAGCAAUGAGAAACUAAUCGAAUCGAAGCCAUCUAGUAGCCGACGCCCGUAAACAUUUAUGUUGAGUGCUUGAGUUGCUUAAUUAGAACUAAUUUAUGUGUAUUAACUAUGAAAUAGAUUCUAAGAUUAAACUUCACUUUUAUGUUAAUAAUUUUAAUAGAACAAAUUAGAGUACAUAUAUGUACGCUGAACUAUAAUGUUUCAUUAAAAUUCAAGAAAUAUUUUUGAUA